CACCUUCAUAGGCCAGCAGCUCCCCUGAACAACCCACCUGGUGUUUAAAUGAGCAGUUGUCUUGUUUCCUUAUGGAAAAAGACAUUUCCCAGCAGCAAGAAGAAUGUGGAUCUUCCAGGACUACUCCUAAAAAGAUUAUUCACUUUGCUAACGGUGACACCUUGGAAGAACAAUACAGCACUGAAGAGGAGGAAGAGGAAGAGCAGAGGAAUCCAGCACUAGACCCAUGUCAACUUUCAUGGGGAUCCUACCUGUGGUUCUGGGCAGGGCAGCUAGCAAGCAGCUCGGUGUCUGCAUGCGAAUCCCUUGGGGAACGAUUUGCAUUCUUCUUUGGUCUUGAUCAGCCCAAAUACCAGUAUGUGGUAAAUGAGUAUUAUAGGUCACAAAACAAGAAAAUUGAUGGGAAUGGACCAAAGGUCCAACCGUCCAGGGUUCCUAAUGAAAAGAGUCAUCUGGAGCCUGGGGGCCCGGAGUAUGGAGCCAGGACUCAGGGCUCUGCAGCGAGUGUUCCUGAGCAGAACUCAAAAGUGGAUUCCAGCCUCUAA